UCUCACACACGCACUCACUCAGUCACACCAGGAGCUUUCCGCCAGGGCCCGCGAGCCAAACUCGACCAGGCGGCGCGCAACGAAACGACGCGCCCCCACCACGCCCGGGACGCCAUGGUGGUCACAGGCUCUCUCUGGGCACGAAUGCGGAGCGGGCGACCGGGCAGCUCGGCGGCGCGGACGGCGGCGCUGCAGCUGCUCGGCUUCGCGACGUGGAUCCCCGUCAUCGCGUGGUUCAACCUGCACGUCGCGGAGCUGACGCUCAUCGAGGGCACGUCCAUGUACCCGUUCAUGAACGAGGACCGGGACUCGACGCUGCGGCGGGACGUGAUCCUAAACUACAAGUGGGCGCCGCAGGAGGGGCUGGAGCGCGGCAUGAUUGUGACGCUGAGGAGCCCCAUGCAUCCCGAGACGGUGGCGGUCAAGAGAGUCGUGGCCGUCGAGGGCGACGUGGUGCGGACCAAGGCGCCGUACCCGGUCCCGACGGUGAGGAUACCGCAGGGCCACGUGUGGGUCGAGGGCGACGGCCCGCCCGGCUCGAGCCUCGACAGCAACACGUACGGGCCCGUGUCGAAGCGGCUACUUACGGGGAGGGUCACGCACAUUGUGUACCCGUUCCGCAAGCUUGGGCCCGUAAGGUGGUGGGAGCACGAGAGGCGGCCGCUGGUGGAGUGAUGGCGGGCGGCCCGGGGGGGGGUGGCUUUGCCACGACUACUUGUAACGAUUUUUGUUGUACCAACACUUGAGGCAAGCGAUGGCGGUAAAUAGUGGCGAGAGGAACGGAACUCGCGGCGGGACUGGCAAGGGCGCAGCUCAGGCGAUAUUGGAAAUGUAAGACUAGGAACCUUCGGCGUGACUGG